CGGCCUUUGGCGCGCGUUGAGUUCGCAGCGCUCCGGAGGAGAAAAGCCGGUGGCUUGCCAUGGCCGUCACGCUGCCGGAGGUCGUGGAGGAGCUCCUGAGUGAGAUGGCGGCCGCUGUGCGGGACAGCGCGAAAAUUCCUGACGAGCUUCUCUUAUCGCUGAAGUUUGUGUUUGGGUCAUCGGCCAUCCAGGCCUUGGACCUGGUUGAUCGAGAGUCUGUCACUUUAAUCUCAUCACCCAGUGGAAGGCGUGUUUACCAGGUGCUAGGGAGUUCUGGCAAAACAUAUACAUGUCUGGCUUCCUGUCAUUACUGCUCAUGCCCAGCAUUCUCUUUCUCGGUGUUACGGAAGAAUGACAGCCUGCUGUGUAAGCAUCUUCUGGCAAUUUAUCUUAGUCAGCUUAUGAGGAACUGCCAGCAGCUCAGUGUUUCUGACAAGCAACUGACAGACCUACUAUUGAUGGAGAGGACACAAGAAGCAUAGAAGGUGUGGCUGGAACAUGGACUUCCAAGACAGAAGCCUAGCAGGAAAUGCAUUCACACCUCACGGUGCACAAGGUGGAGGAAUGGGACACACUUCCAGACUUGUGACUGUCACUUUGCCCUCACCUGUAGGCCGCAGAGGGUGUGUGUGGUUAAGGGCCCUCUAUGGUCUUAAUAUUAACCAGCCUCUGAGCCCCACAGAUAGAAAUGUCCCUGGGUAGAAUUAAGUAUUGUUGACUCAAAUAAAGCCUGAGCCAUGUUGUGUCUGCAA